AUGGAAGAGAAAGCCGAAGCAUUAGAGGUUGUGGUGAAGGAAGCUGUUGAUUUGGAGAACGUGCCCAUUGAAGAGGUGUUCCUGACCAUGAGGUGUGAUGAACAUGGACUCACUUCUGAGGCUGAUCAGCAGAGUCUGGCCCCUUUUUGGGGAAAGCCUCCAGAUUGGCAAGAUUUUGUAGGGAUCAUUACUCUGCUUCUCAUCAACUCAACUAUAAGUUUUAUUGAAGAGAACAACGCUGGAAAUGCUGCUGCUGCUCUCAUGGCCCGUCUUGCCCCCAAAGCCAAGGUUCUUCGAGAUGGGAGGUGGAUUGAGAAGGAUGCUUCCAUUCUUGUUCCUGGUGAUAUAAUCAGCAUUAAACUUGGAGACAUCCUUCCAGCAGAUGCUCGUCUCCUCGAUGGUGAUCCAUUGAAAAUUGAUCAGUCUGCACUUACCGGUGAGUCACUUCCUGUGACCAAAGGCCCUGGUGACAGUGUGUAUUCUGGUUCUACAUGCAAACAAGGAGAGAUUGAAGCGGUGGUGAUUGCCACUGGUGUUCAUACAUUUUUCGGUAAGGCUGCUCACCUUGUCGAUAGCACAAAUCAACAGGGCCACUUUCAACAGGUCUUGACUGCAAUUGGGAACUUCUGUAUAUGUUCUAUCGCCGUGGGAAUGAUCAUAGAGAUUAUAGUCAUGUACCCAAUUAAACACCGGAGUUUCCGCCCUGGUAUUGACAACUUGCUUGUGCUACUUAUUGGAGGAAUUCCCUUUGCCAUGCCAACAGUUUUAUCUGUGACAAUGGCUAUUGGUUCCCACCGCUUAGCUCAGCAGGGUGCCAUCACUAAAAGAAUUACGGCAAUUGAAGAAAUGGCAGGCAUGGAUGCUCUUUGCAGUGACAAAACUGGGACUCUGACACUAAAUAAGCUUUCAGUUGACAAGAAUCUUUUAGAGGUCUUUGUUAAAGGGGUGGACGCAGAUACUGUUGUUGUAAUGGCAGCUCGAGCUUCCCGAAUAGAAAAUCAAGAUGCAAUAGAUGCUGCUAUUGUGGGAAUGUUGGCCGAUCCAAAGGAGGCGAGAGCCAAUAUUCGAGAGGUGCACUUCCUUCCAUUCAACCCAACUGACAAGCGAACGGCUCUUACAUAUAUUGACCUUGAAGGUAAAAUGCAUCGUGUCAGCAAAGGUGCACCAGAACAGAUUUUGAAUCGUGUGCACAACAAAUCAGAGUUAGAACGAAAAGUUCAUGCUAUGAUUGAUAAGUAUGCGGAGCAAGGACUAAGGUCCCUAGCAGUAGCAUGCCAGGAAGUUCCAGAUGGAAGGAAGGAGAGCCUAGGAGGGUCUUGGCAAUUUGUUGCGCUAAUGCCUUUAUUUGAUCCUCCUAGACAUGACAGUGCAGAGACCAUUAGUAGGGCAUUGAAUCUUGGUGUGAAUGUUAAAAUGAUUACAGGUGAUCAGCUCGCAAUAGCAAAGGAGACAGGACGCCGUCUGGGUAUGGGAACAAACAUGUACCCUUCAUCAGCUCUUUUGGGACAUAAAAAAGACGAGUCAGUUGCUGGUUUGCCAGUUGAUGAGCAUAUUGAAAAAGCUGAUGGAUUUGCUGGUGUUUUCCCUGAGCACAAGUAUGAGAUUAUGAAGCGUUUGCAAGCAAGAGGGCAUAUAUGUGGGAUGACUGGUGAUGGAGUAAAUGAUGCUCCUGCUCUUAAAAAAGCUGAUAUUGGAAUAGCUGUUGCUGAUGCAACUGAUGCAGCUCGAAGUGCUUCUGACAUUGUACUCACAGAACCUGGGCUUAGUGUCAUCAUAAGUGCUGUACUAACUAGUCGAGCAAUAUUUCAGAGAAUGAAAAAUUACACGAUCUAUGCUGUGUCCAUUACAAUCCGUAUUGUGCUUGGUUUCAUGUUACUGGCACUCAUAUGGCAGUUCGACUUUCCACCCUUCAUGGUUCUGAAUGUUGCUAUUCUCAAUGAUGGUUUGUAUUCACCUCUUACUCUUUAUAUGCAAUUCUGUGCUUUGCAGAUUGCUUUCACUAGGAAGAAGCAUUUUGGGAAGGAAGAAAGGGAGCUGAGAUGGGCACAUGCACAGAGGACUCUCCACGGUCUGCAACCACCAGACACCAAGAUGUUUGGCGAACGCAAUGCUUACACAGAACUUGAUCAGAUGGCUGAAGAGGCAAAAAGACGUGCCGAAAUUGCCAGACUGAGGGAGCUGAACACACUGAAGGGGCAUGUGGAAUCAGUGGUGAGGCUGAAGGGCCUGGACAUCAAUACGAUUCAGCAAUCGCUUAUGGUUUGCAGUGGGAUCAUAGUGUUAAUAAUAUGUAGCUUAUAUAGCAAUGCCAGAAUGCCACAAAAGACUAGAACAAUAAACUAG